UAGAAAAAAUUGACCGCAGGUGCUGGAGUACGCUUCGUAGUGUAUGAUUGAUGUUUUGGAUAAACAUCGUAUCAAGCCUCUACAUAUACACCUGUAAAUAUGCGUACUUGAUACACAAUUCUAUACCCAUAUAUCCAUUGUCGUCCUCCUUAAUUUCUUUCAUUCUGGUUGAAGAUGAUGGGAAAUCCAAAACUAAUAGUACAAAGCAUCAAUGGAGUAAGAAGCUCUCAAGAACGCUCCCUGGUAGACGUAUCUGCAGAUGAAGACAUGGACAUUAGCAUUUUCGAUGCACAGAGAUACUUCGAUGAAACCAACGGCGAUGCAAGAGUGUGCAAAAGAAAUUCUCCAAUGAAGGAUCCUAUUUCACCGGAGCUCCGGUGUGAUAUUUCUGCCUCGGCGUUAGCCGGUAGAUUCUCUUCUGCUUCGUCAGUUGCUGAUGGGUAUGGUUAUGGCAGGAGCCACCGAGCUCGUUCGUUCCAUGCAACACCGACGGCUUCGCCUGAGGCUAGUUGGAACAGCCAGACUGGUUUAUUGUCGAAUCCUCCUGGUGCGAUUCCGGUGUCUAUGAUCAUGAAAACUCCUACAACAACUGAUCACAAGACAAAAGGGUCCAGUAAAAUGAAAUGGCUUUGGGGACGAAGGUGUCCCUGCUCCGGUAAGAAGUCCGUUCAAGUUGAGCCGAAAACACCCUUGGGUUCCAAUCAGAAACGCAAUAUCAUACACCAUGAUCAGAAACGUGAAGAGAUACUAUUAGCCUGUAAUCCUUACAGGAUCUCAGUUGAGAAUCAGUUUCGUUCUAGCUUAGGACAGCGUGUGAUUGCUACUGCAACAGCAAGACCCCUGAUGAUAAGUGAUGGUGGCUCCGCCGUUACUACUGCUGGUUUCACGUUUCCAAUACUUAACCAACAUAAUAGAAACCAUAAUUCUCUUGAUGAUCACAAUUAUCCACCUCGACACUCGUUGGAGUUGUUCCGACCAUCCGAUGAAUCACCAUCUAUUUCGAAUCCAAAGAAACUGGUUCCCCGAACUUCCAUAGCUGACGAUGAUGUUGGCAGUGAUACCAGCUCAGACUUGUUCGAAAUCGAGAGCUUUUCCACGUCGAAUCCACUGUACCAUCGUCGAGAUUCGUUGGACGAGGCGUCCAACUUCAACAUAAGAAGAUCGAUAGGAGGUUCGGGCAACGGCUCAGGUACCUAUUCGCCAAUGACAACCGAGUGUUACGAACCGAGCGAGGCUAGCAUAGAGUGGAGCGUGACGACGGCAGAAGGGUUGGAGAGAGGGUCAGUUGAAGCGGAGGAGAUGAUGAACAUGAACAUGAGAGGCUCAGCCACAGGGGUUAGCAAUGGUGGGAAGAAGAAAUCGGGGAAUGGGGGGUUGUUGAGCUGUCGUUGCGAGAAGGCGGUGAGCGUGGGGCCAAAUCCAGUCAAGUACGUGCCCCCUCACGGACAGGCAGAUACCUCAUCAAAGCAUGUGGGCAAUGUGAACAAACCACCGCUUGCCCGUUUGUCCCUGCCUUUUGUGCCAUAAUACAUCUUUUCUCUUCUCUAUUAUUUCAUAUAUUUUU